CGCGGGAGGCGGCGCGGGGGGCUGCGGGCGGCGCGUGGGGUCCCGGCUCGGCGAUGCGGGUGCACCUGGGAGCGCUGGCCGGCGCGGCGGCGCUGAGCGGGGCGCUCAGCUUUGUGCUCCUGGCGGCCGCCAUCGGCACGGACUUCUGGUACAUCAUUGACACAGAGCGGCUGCAGCGGAGCGGCCCGGGGGCGCGGGACCCGGCAGGGGCCUCCAACCGCAGCCAGCUCGAACCUCUGAGCUCGCACUCCGGCCUCUGGCGGACCUGCCGGGUCCAGAGCCCGUGCGCGCCGCUGAUGAACCCCUUCUGGCAGGAGAACGUGACCUUCAGCGACUCGAGCCGACAACUUCUCACCAUGCAUGGGACGUUUGUGAUUCUGCUGCCCCUCAGCCUCAUCCUGAUGGUUUUUGGGGGGAUGACAGGGUUUCUGAGCUUCCUCCUGCGAGCCUCCCUCCUUCUCCUGCUCACGGGGACCCUCUUCCUCUUUGGAGCCUUGGUGACCCUCGCGGGCAUCAGCGUCUACAUCGCGUAUUCAGCCGCCGCCUUCCGGGAGGCGCUGUUUCUCAUGGAGGAGAAGGCCCUGCUGGACCAGGUGGACAUCCGCUUCGGCUGGUCCCUGGCCCUGGGCUGGAUCAGCUUCAUCGCCGAGCUCCUCACCGGGGCGGCCUUCCUGGCAGCAGCCCGCCUGCUCAGCCUGAGAUGGAGGCAGGACCAGGCCAUCUGAGCCCCGAUGCCUGGUCGUGGUGGGAGGGAGGGGUUUGGCGUGGGGGCCUCAUGGACCCAUCUCGGUGGGCUGCGGCUUCCUCUUCCUCAAAGGCCACCACCUGAGAGCCGCUGUGGACCGGGCUCCAGCCCUGGCUGCUAUCUGAGUGCUGCCUGGCACGGUGUGUGCUCUGUCUAGGCACGUGUGUCUCGUGUGGGCUGGAGGAGGCUGAGUGCCAAACCCAUGAAAAAGCAAAAGCACCUCCUUCAUCAUGUACAGAACUUACUGAUUGCAACCUCCGUGAGUCUCCUCUGGCUUCACUUCAUCCUCACUCCUGCCCUUUGGAUGGGUUUCUCUUCUUUGUGAAAGAAACGGAGGACCAGAGAGGUUAGGUAAGUGUUGCAAAAACACACAGCAAGCUAGAGGCAUGUUCUCCUUUAUCACAGCUUUCCUGAGCAGGUGCAUGCCGGCUGGCUGCGACAUGGAUCCUGUGUGUGGAGGAUGCUGCGUCUCAGACCCCGGGCUUCAUGCUUCCCGCGACCUGGAACCAGGCGGGAGGCACCGUGGGAAAUUGGAGGGCAGGCAGCAGAGAUCUGGGCUUCGCAGCAACCAGGAGGUGGACGUGUCCUCCCUGACCCCAGCCGGGCUCGUGCUCACCUGGUCUAGAGUCCUGAGCCUCAAGCAGAAAAGGCUCAGUUAAUGCAAUGAUUCUCCGUGGUCAGCGACUCGCUUUUGAAACAACACAGAGUCAUCCCAGAGAUGAAAGCCCCUCUUGGACGUUCAGGCGGUCAGUGGUCCCAUUCAUGUGUCACUUCGCAGGUGCCAGGAGGUCCUCAUGGGAGGAGAGGAAGGGUCAGCAAGCCACAAUCAGCAGGAAGGGCAACAAGCAAACUUGUGAUGCCCAAGAGGCGCUCAUCGGCAAGCUCGCCGCGGAGGAGAGCAUUACCCGCACUCACACUUAGUGGGAAACAGUGAUGCUCCAAACACAACGAGCAUCUCCUGGACCGUCGGCUUUGCAUUUAGCCUUCAUUCCAAACGCUACCUGUGAGCUCAGGACACCCCGAGCCUGUGAUAGAAAUAGUUUCCACAUCAAAGUGUUGAUGGAGUCCAGUUCCCAGAUCCAAGGCCAGUGAGAUUUAAACACGCUGGGAAACACAUAACCAGUGUCACGUGCUAAGUCCCCUGACAUCCCCUGAAUAAGGCCUAUGCAUGGGCAUCAGCAGAUCUCAACCCUAACACCCCGCUGCAGUCACCCGGGGAAUUUAAAAAAUGCCCAGGUGUCACCUCAGGCCAUGAAAUCACAGUCUCUGGGGUUGGGGGCCCAAGCACCGUUAGCUUCCAGAACUGCUCCGGUUUUCCCCGAAGUACAGCCUGGGUUGAGAUGAGCACCAGACUGGCUUAGAACCCCGACAGAUGCCUGUGUGUGACUUUAUAAAACACAGGUGGGAUUUCCUGUGGUGAUGGUCUCAGCUCCAUAAGAGGCUGCAUUUGGGGGAACGACAACAAUAAAAACCUCAAGAAGGAGAGCGGCCUGGCAUCUGGUUCAUACUGGCACAUCUCAAAUUCAUGGAGAUCUUAUGAAAAUGCAGCCUCUGAUUCAGUAGGUGGGGUGCGGGGCUGGCGAUCCCGCAUCUCUAACCAGCUUUGAUUGGGAGGAUUUACACAGCGUAAACACACGCGGUCUCCUUGAAAGCAGCAGGGGUUGUGGCUCGCUUCUGCACUAGCAUGGGAGGUCUGUACUAUCACAGGCCGGGUCCUGGUGACAUAUUGCAGCCCUUCUUCUCUGAAAUAAUGACACCCCAUAGCAGUUGUGUGGCCAGAGGAAGAUGUUUUCUUGGCGUGGCUACAGCGAGUCUGGGUGAGGGGGUGCACCUAUCUCCUCAGCCCUGUUGGUAUUGAGAAGACUUGGCUCCUUUGGGGUGAAAAUCACUCCAGUUUUGAUACAGGGUGUUUAUCGUGUGGGGUGGAGCUUUGGUCUAGAAUACGGAGUUGAAAGUUUCCCACGGAGUCGGUCAAUUGAUAGGGUGAUCUUUGGGGACUAAUUGUAACACUUCGUCCCUCCCCCAGAAAAUUCCAUCCCUCUUUUAUCCUGAUAUUUCGGCCCAUGGGGAUGGGGGCCCCAAGGUGGCUGCAUGUCCAAAUCCACCUGGCCAGAGUCUCUGAGUCAGUGGGGCUGGGUGGGGUCCCACAGUUCACAGUUCUCACCGGUUCCCAGGUGGUGCAGAUGCUCCUGGUCUGGGAUCACCCUUUGUAUCACACUGACCUGGGAGUUUGUUAAGUGGCAGGGCUGGCUGUCACCUUCCUGCAUAUUAGAAUCAUGAGGGCAUCUUAAAACCCCUGAUUCCGGGGCUGAAUCCCUGCUCUGAUCACCUCUAGGGAGGGAGUCCAGGCACCGAUAAUUUUUAAGGCCUCUUCAGAUGAUUCCAACAUCAGCUAAGGUUUAGAACCUGUUCCUGUAAGAUGCUGAGUCAUGAGAUGUGGGGAGGGAUUGGGGAACCUCAGGUUUAAGAAACUGCCUGAGGGGCUUCCCUGGUGGUCCAGUGGUAAAGAAUUGGCCUUCCAAUGCAGGGACGCGGGUUAGAUCCCUGGUCGGGGAACUGAGAUUCCACAUGCCACGGAGCAACUAAGCCCACACGCCACAACUACUGAGCUCGCGCGCCUCAACUAGAGAGCUGCGUGCCGCAAACGAUAGAGCCC